AUAAACGAACGCGACAUCGCCAGCUGAAAAUCGCGCCGGUGGAGUGUUCCGAUAGGAACGUUUUGAAUGUCAAUUUCCUCUGCUUUCGUACAGUUUUGUUUCUCAUAUUCGUCGAUUGACUAAUAUCACGUCGUUAUGCUGGUUUAUUAGAGAACCAAAUGGGAACUCAGGAAAGCUACCUCUUUUUUUGGUUCGUGACAUUCUGCGGCAUGUUCACGGCCUUCAUUCCUUUGGUCGUCAGAAUGGUGCUGCAGGUCAUUUCUCAGGAAUCCGAGAUGGAAUCCAACUUGAGACGUCAAGUCUGCGACUUGAGGGCAGAGCUGGGAGGAAUCAGCAUCGUGGACGAGUUUGCAAAGUAUGCCAAGAUUCAGCGCAAGAUCAACAAAAUGUCGGAGGAGCUCUCGCAUCAAGGUCAACUGAAGUCUACAUACACAUUCAAAGUCCGCUUGGCGGCCACUGCUAUUUUGUACGCUUUAAUGGCGAUCACUGUUGCCUACCUGGUCUGGAACUACAGAAGCCAGCCAAUCGUGGUGCUUCCGGAGCAAUGGCUGUCUCCUAUUGGCUCGUUGCUGUCACCGUCGGCAACUGCACCAGGUGGGAUAGGUCUGACACCAUGGCUUUUGGUCUCAAGUUCAGUUGGCAGGCUCAUAGCCAAGCACCUGUGAUCCCUCUCAAAGGACUCCCUGCCAUCAUCAUAGAAGCCAUACCUCAACUGACUUCGUAGAAGACGCUGGCACAGUACUUCAAACUAGUGAAAUAGCUUGAACUGGCAACACAAUCGAGAGCAGUGGUUCUCGCGCUUUUCUGGAUUACUGACCCCAUUUAGUACACAAGCACAAACAGUCAGCCUUUCCAUGCACGUUUUAUGCUAUAAAUCUACUAGCAGAACCUGUAGCUAAGCCCUCGCUCAUUGGUAGCCAUGGUACUCGGCUAAAGCCUACACAAAGCUGAGCAGUUCAAGCCCCAUCCUUAGUGUCCUUUAUAAAACUAAAAACUGUGCAAAGGUGGUCAAAGUAUGAGCACCAGAUACCAGACACCAACAGCUGUCAGUCUGCACAGAGUGCUGACUGACAGCUCUUUAUUAAAAUUGCGCCAAAAAACUGACCUAAAUACUUUUUUUUUUCAAAAUUACAUGUGGCUCAGCUCUCUACCAAGGUGCUAUGUCCCACAUACAGAAUGAAAAUGUAGCGAUAAUGGUGUGUUCUAGGCCAGAUCACGCACCUUCCCCUUAGGCGUCUGCUGACCACAGGCUAAAAACCCCUGCUCUGGAGACUGAUUUUUUUUUUUUUAGCUUGCAGUGAAUUUCUUCCAGAGCUUCCUCACCCUUCUGAGCGAGCAAUAUAGUAUUGUUUCUGAAUAGUCUUGCGUCUAACCAAGCUUUGCUGCAUGCAGAAAUAAAAUUUUAUGUGGUUUAUGUUUCACCUUUUUUAAGUUGUUACAAGAUAUAAAAUUCAUAUUGAAAUCAUCUUUUGUUGAAAAAAUGAGAUAUUUACAAAUCUCUGCAAUGUGAAAUUAGAGUGCAGCUCUUCAGGUAUUUUGAUUUUGUGAUAUACCAUGCUAAACAACCUGAAAAAAUAAACAUGUAUAUGUACAAAUAAAGAUCUCUGCACAUGCUG